UUGAUGAAGAAUCUCUCGCAGGUCGCCGCGUAAGGUUUCCUUUUAAAAGUGAGUGACCAAGUCCCUUCUCACUCGAUCCCAUUCUCUAUCUCUCUCUCUCUUUGCGUUCCAGAACAAGAGAAGGUAUCCGCAAUUAGUCCGAGAAAAACAAGAGAAGAUAUCCACAAAAAAAAGACGAGAGGAAUUCCCAGAUGAGGUCGAUCGUCUCGUGUUUGAUCCCCUCAAAGUCCUCCCUCUCUCGAUUAUACACAUCAGGUCUAUUAAGAUAUGGAAGGCUACUGUCUACUGAUUCUAAUCACAUAGAUGAACCUUUCAAAGUAGAGGAAGCAAAGACAGUCAAAGUGCCACCUUCUCCAUCAGAUAAGUUGUUGGUAUUGGGUGGCAACGGCUUUGUUGGUUCACAUGUUUGCAGAGAGGCUUUAAAGCAAGGCUUGUCUGUUUCUAGUCUUAGCAGAUCUGGAAGGUCAUUGAUACGUGAAUCAUGGGCUGACAAAGUUGUGUGGCACAAAGGAAACCUUCUUGUACCUGAUUCAUUGAAGGAUGUUUUGAAUGGUGUAACUGCUGUGAUAUCAUGUGUUGGAGGCUUUGGGUCAAACUCUCAUAUGUAUAAGAUCAAUGGAACUGCAAACAUCAAUGCUAUCAGAGCAGCUUCUGAUCAAGGUGUAAAAAGAUUUGUUUAUAUCUCGGUUGCUGAUUUUGGUGUCGCAAAUUAUCUUUUACAAGGUCAUUAUGAGGGAAAGGUAUUUUUCUUUAAUAAUCUAGACAUUUAACUGUAUCUUUCUGGGGAACUACAGCAGUAAGUUUAGCUUAAGACACCCAAAUAAUUCAGCCACAAGUUUCAGUUAUUUGUAACUAAGGAAAAAUAGAACUUGAGGUGUAUAAUCAUUUAGACAAUUGUCAAUUAUUUCAUUGUUUAAAAGUAUUAAUAAAAAAAUGAUGGAUAUUUGUAGAUUGUUAAUGAAUGCUGACAUCUCAGUGUAUAAUCUAAAAUUUUUGCAGGUUGGCAUGCUGCAAUUGUUAGAGAUUUCUAAUGGACUAAGUUCUUGGAGUUAUCAGUUGUUUGAUCUAUCAUUCAACAGAGCUUGUAGAGCAGUAACUCUUACAAAGAAAGCCCAUUUAAUCUAUAUGUUAGAGUGGCUCUAAGAAUCUAAUUCUUUCAAGGAACUGACUUGAUCUAAACGAGACAUGUAAUGUCCAGUUCUAACAACUUUUGAAAAUGAUUUGUGUUUGGGUCACAAAAAGUUGGGACCUAGCUGAAACCUGAUUCAGGUGAAUCUAGGUUCCUGUCUGGUGGUUUUUCUUCAACUAUAACUCAUUCUUGAAAAGGUUUCAGUUGUAGUUCGAUCUAACCAUACCAGGUCAAAUCUUCUAAAGUUUUGAACUAAAGGAUUUGAUCUAUUCUGACUCAUUUAGCUUUAAUAAUGGAAUCACCCCUAAUUGGCCAGAAAUAUCAAGCAGAAAUCUAAAUAGGCUGAAAUUGUACAAGACCCUGGCUUGAUCCGAUUGAAUUGUGGCCUUAAUAAAUCUUUCUGAUUCAUCAGCUAGUAUUUAGUUGAUACAUGACUCAUACUCUACUAUUUAGGUGAAUUAGAGGGCCUUCUUACAACUUGACGCUUCUUUAGUUAAAUGAGCAUGCUGUUCGCAUUGACAGUGCCAUCAACAAAGCCAAUGACUCAUAUGACAUCACUGAGAAAAGGGUCAUAUCUAUAGAUGACUUGUGGAUUUGACUAGGCGAAAUUUAUAACUAAUUUGAAUGUUACAUUUUUAGCUUUCAGAUUUUUCUUUUCUAUUGUUUUUUCUUACGUUGGACCUGUAGUGAAAUAGUUACUUCCCCAGCUCUCAACGUAGUAUCUUAUGUAUGGUUUAUCAUUGUGUUGAACCUUAUAGUGGAGUGGCUCAGGAACUUUAGCUAUCUGUUAUUUGGGGGCUCAAAAUAGUAGAUACCAAUGCUACACAGAUAUGGGCAUGCAGAAUUAUUUUAAUUUCACAACCAUGGUAUGCAUAAUUGUUAAAUGAUAAAAUGCUGAAGUCUGUGAUAAAGUGAGUUUCACCUCCGGUUUUCAACUUCUGACCUCAGGAGUCUUUUUGGCAAUCCUAUAUUGCAGUUCAAAGCAAACAAGCGGUUAUGAAUUGACUGUAAUCAAACUAGACUAGGCGGUUGUAUAUUGUGGGCAUGAUUCUCAAUCUCCUCAUCAUUAUCGUUUUAAUAUAAUAAAUGAUAACAUUAACCAGAAUUAUCAAGCUUGUGCCCUAUUAGUUUAGCAGAAUACAAUUAAAGUAGUAAAAAGACUAAAAAAGCGAACCAAAAAGAGAGACAUUUCUUAUCAUUUAUUGAUGCUAGAAUACUUAGGCUAGAUUUCUAUAGCACAGGAUCUGUAGCAAGUAACAUUAUGAUCAAAAAUCACGAAAGUUGAAAAAUUAUGUAGCUAGUUUCCAUCAUUAAACAAAACAACAAUAGUGUUUGUGUUUAUGAAUUGGGCUGGUUAGAUAGUGGUUACAUAGCAUGUUCAGUAUAUGCACAUGUUAUUUGUCAUACUUUGAAUGUUUGUCUUGUUAGAGGUAUGGUCAACUUCAAACAUAUAAAUUGGGCAUUCCCCCUACUCCGGGUUUUGAAUGUACUGCAAUUGUCAUAAACAUGAAGAUAUUACAGCAUCAGCUUCUCUUCCCAGACCUCCACUACAAAUUUGGACACGUACCUUGAGAGAUCUGCUCAUCUUUUGCCAGUCACCAUCAGUGGAUUGAGCUAUGAGCAUGCCCUCUUUGAGUGAACAACUUCUUUGUGUCAAGUCUUUAAUUUAAAUGGGGACCUAUUGGUGGUUGGCUGCAACUUCUUUUGGUGGAUAUGGCACAAGUUUUAGGAGUCCAAGGAUUCCUCAUUAAAUAACAUCCAAUGCUUUAAAUUAUCUUUAGAAUUUAUAAAGUGAUUGCUGGAGCCCCUACCUUUUCUGUCAAAAAGAAGAAAGAGAGAAAUGUCCAAAUCGGAUGAAAUUUUGAUGUUGGUAUACAGAGUGCAAAAAUCUUCAACAUUACUUCUGUCUAUUAUUGUCCUGUGGAGACCCAAAAUUCUAUCACUAGGCUGUUUUAAUUCUUUUUCAUCUUUGUGGCUCCAACUAACUUUAUCAGUAUGCUUUUUUCCGAGCUACUUUAUGCAAGGAAAUAAUACCUUCCUUAAUCCAGUCAGGUUCUCGAUUGAGUUGAUUUUGACAAUUGAUUCAAAAUCGUGUUGUUAACGGUCAAUAUAUCUUGAAAUUUAUUAUCACUUGCUCUUCAUGUUGUUUUCUGUAGUUCUUUUUUGUUGUUAGAUUUUAUCUUCUCCGCCUUCUGAAUCUUCUUGCUUCUUCUAUUCAUGUAGGCCAGCAUGCCAUAGCUAUUUUAAAAUUUGUUCCUAGAAUUUGUUCUUUGUCGUUGGUUUGUCACUUAUUGACAUUUUCAAGGAUUUGGUUCUCACUUUUCUUAUCUUGGACCUGUAUGUUCUUGAUACUUGGUCGCCUUGCAUUUGCGACAUGGUAUAAGAACGGAAAAAUAGAUUUUGACACGCCAAUAGAUCCGGAAUGCAGCUA